AUGCCUGUGGUAGCUGGUCCUCCCGCCCAAGGGGGCCCACACGGUCCCUCGACUUUCGACAAGAUGAAAAUGGGCGCCUUGAUGGGUUCCACUGUCGGCGGUAUCAUGGGCUUCAUUAUCGGUACGGUGACGAUUUUCCAGUACGGCGCUGGUCCCAACGGUGUCAUGCGGACUCUGGGCAAGUACAUGUUGGGCUCAGGUGGAAUGUUCGGCCUCUUCAUGUCCGUCGGUAGCGUCAUUCGCAACGAGGGUCCCGUCAACGAUGCCUGGCUCCGCGCCCGCGGACCUCCCAUGAUGCUCCCCCGGCAGAACCCCCUCCGGCCGAUGGGCCAGUAA